UUAACCUAUAGAGAAUAACUUUAUUUUAAAAUGAGAUGGAAAUCAUUGAUAAGAAUUAGGAGUACUUUUGUUCCAAACAAAAGUUUUAAAAAGAAAGAAACAAACAAACAAAAAAAACCCCUUAGGUUUAAUUUUUUGAAAUGGCCAUUGCUUUGAAUUUUUGGCAGGAAAAGUGACUCUGUCAAUGUACAAUAGACAUUUUUACAAGGAAAGGAGGGAUCUUGAUAUUCCAACAGGCAUGGGUUUAUGCUGGUUUAGGAGCGUCAUUAGAUUCCAUUUGUCUUCCUAAAGUGUUUGAUGUUACUUUAGAUAAUCCAAGGCUUACCCUGAUGUUAUGCACGGAUAACAAGGAUGAAUAAAAAUCCACAGAAAAUUAACAAGUAUUUAUUUCCAGCCCUUAUUUAUAAAGACAUUCCCAACCAGUUCUAUUCGAGCUGUCUGCAGGAAUCAAACUCAAUUUACUCUUCCUACCCCUAUUCCUCUCUGUGAACCCAUGGGCUUACGGUGGUAAUAAGGUACAAUAGCUAUAAGAAGGGAGAUUGAACUUAAAUAACAACUCAAAACCGAGCGCACAGCAGGGAUGACAAAGUCACGUGUGUUCUCUCUUCCCAUACUUUAGGGUAUUCCUGCAGACUGGUAUCACAGAACAUGGCCCUUAUCCUAUUGAAGGAGGAUUCUUUGGAUGCCACGAGGGCAGCCAUCACUCAGCACUGCGCAGACCUGGGGACCCUGCUGGGCAAGGAGAACGACGUGGCCCUCAUCAUCGACGGCCACACCCUCAAGUACGCGCUGUCCUUCGAAGUCCGGAGGAGCUUCCUGGACCUGGCGCUCUCCUGCAAGGCGGUCAUAUGCUGCAGGGUGUCCCCGCUGCAGAAGUCCGAGAUAGUGGACGUGGUGAAGAAGCGGGUGAAGGCCAUCACGCUCGCCAUCGGGGACGGCGCCAACGACGUGGGGAUGAUCCAGACGGCCCACGUGGGCGUGGGCAUCAGCGGCAACGAGGGCAUGCAGGCCACCAACAACUCGGACUACGCCAUCGCUCAGUUUUCCUACUUAGAGAAGCUUCUGCUGGUCCAUGGGGCCUGGAGCUACAACCGGGUGACCAAGUGCAUACUGUAUUGCUUCUACAAGAACGUGGUCCUGUACAUCAUCGAGCUCUGGUUCGCCUUUGUUAAUGGAUUUUCUGGGCAGAUUUUAUUUGAACGCUGGUGCAUCGGCCUGUACAAUGUGAUUUUCACCGCUUUGCCGCCCUUCACUCUGGGAAUCUUCGAGAGGUCUUGCACUCAGGAGAGCAUGCUCAGGUUUCCACAGCUCUACAAGAUCACCCAGAACGCCGAAGGCUUCAACACAAAGGUCUUCUGGGGCCACUGCAUCAACGCCUUGGUCCACUCCCUCAUCCUCUUCUGGUUUCCCAUGAAAGCGCUGGAGCAUGAUACUCCGCUGGCCAGUGGUCAGGCUACCGACUAUUUAUUUGUUGGAAAUAUUGUUUACACGUAUGUUGUCGUUACUGUGUGUCUGAAAGCUGGUUUGGAGACUACAGCUUGGACUAAAUUCAGUCACCUGGCGGUCUGGGGCAGCAUGCUGAUCUGGCUGGUGUUUUUCGGCGUCUACUCAACCAUCUGGCCCACCAUUCCCAUUGCUCCGGAUAUGAAAGGGCAGGCUACGAUGGUCCUGAGCUCCGCUCACUUCUGGCUGGGGCUGUUUCUGGUCCCCACGGCCUGUUUGAUUGAAGACGUGGCGUGGAGAGCGGCCAAGCAUACCUGCAAAAAGACGUUGCUGGAGGAGGUGCAGGAGCUGGAGACCAAGUCCAGAGUGCUGGGGAAGGCCAUGCUGCGGGACAGUAACGGAAAGAGGCUGAACGAGCGCGACCGCCUGAUCAAGAGGCUUGGCCGGAAGACGCCCCCGACCCUCUUCCGCGGCAGCUCCAUCCAGCAGUCCGUCCCCCAUGGGUACGCUUUUUCUCAAGAAGAGCACGGGGCCGUCACUCAGGAAGAAAUAGUCCGUGCUUACGACACCACCAAAAAGAAAUCGAGGAAGAAAUAAGACUCGAGUUCUCCCGACCGGUUCCAGGAAGGAGGUUCAGUUUGCUGCACACAGUGUUACCACGUCCUUGUCCGGAAGAGACUGGCGUGGGCAGCCGACCCACCGGACACACGUUUCUGUGGCCUUAGCCAAGCGGUUUGUCAGCUCCCUCCCCGUCCGUCUGCAGCGCUUAGCCUGACCGUCGUUUACCUUGUUAGGAAGCAUUCAGCUGUGCUCUGUGAGGUGCGAAAUUAAAGACAUCAUGUCUCGCCGAUAUUUAAGCAUCAGCGCUGGCCGUUCUGGGAGAGAGGGAAAGGGGUUUUAUGUCGCCUGCGAGGCGGGUCACGAGGGCCGCGCGCGCUUCCUGUUUGGGCGACACGCGGAUCGGGUCCGGCGGCCGGUGCAGACUGUGCUCCCGGCAGGCUGCGCUUGCUCGCUUCGAUGCCGGCUUUGUUUGUAUGAAUGAAGCUGGCGUAAACUUCCUGAUUGCAGUGAAAUCACAAAAGGCUGUAUCUGGGUGUUUGAACCCCGAGAACGCGUGUUUGAAGCUCUCGGCCACAUCCCCAGCUGGGCAGAGCCAUCCACGUUCCGGCAGAGCCCUCUGCACCCAGGUUCCAGGUGCCGUCGGCCCCGUCCCGCCUUGGCUUUCCGGCGUCCCUCGUCCCCAGGCCUUGUGCAUGGCUGGCCACUGUGCCCAGUGCAUGGCAGCUGGCGGGCCACCAGCCCAAACCUGCACUUUCCCUGGUUCCAGCGCGGAUUCAAACACAGACGCGAGAAACCCCUUCUUCCGCCACUCUUUUCAUUCUAGACCUGGAGAAAAGACUUGCAGGCACUCUGCGUACACUCUCAGUGUCUAUCUGCCUCUCUCUGACAAGGGGGUACCUGUGGGCCAGGGUGGUGGCGGACCCCCUCCGGCACCCCGACCGCCGUCGGGCUCUGAGUACUCACUUCCCAACCGCCAGCCAGCCCACUGGGCCUGGGGGCCACUUAAAUCGGAACCCACGCUUGUUUCCUUAGGGUGCGGAGCACAGUUUGGAUGUUCGCUGUUGGGAAGUGAAUGGAUUCAUGACGUACCUGUGCAGGGAAGGGGCACACCUGUCACUCUGUAGCUGCGGAGUCAGAGGUGCGGCAAACCCAGACGGGAGGGUAUAGGAUGUUGAGGGAGGUGGAGAUGACAACCACAGAAGCCCUCGGUGGGAGAAGGAAGGGCGAGGGGACACUGGGAGGAGGACACAGAGGAAUUGCCCGCCAGAUCUCCACGGUAGAAACUGUGAAAUCAAGCCCUGAGGCCCAGACGGUGGUCACCAUCAGCCUGGCAUGUGUACGGGGACUUCAACAAGACUGGGACGUGCCGUUUUAACUGAAAUGAGCUCCAAGCAUUUCAAGGAAACAGCUUUUUGUUAAUGUUGACAUGGUUCCCUUCCUUUAUCCAUCCGCGUUAGACAUGGGCACCUUCCUGGGUGCGCAGCACCCUGGAUUCCGAGACCAGGAGGGAAGGGCGCCGAGUCUCUGCCUUUCCCGCCCCGCAGGCUCCCGCUGCUGCAUCUAGACAGCACCCUCCCUCGGGCAUGGCGGUGAGCGCCUGGAGCCCUGAAUGAGCAGCCAGGCUGGGGGCACACGCUCCCCUCUUUGUUUUGGUUGUGAAACCAGAUUUUUGGACGGCUUAAAUGCUCCUGGGCAGCCGUCCCUGGCUGAAAUGGCGUGGGCCCUACUGGGGAGGGUGGCGCUGAGUGACAGAUACGACAGCAUGCACUUUGCUCCCUAGCUCUUUAUUUGCAGAACAUCCACAGUGUAUUGGGCACUGAGCCAAUUCAGAAUGCAAUUUGCAUCGACUAAGGAAAUUGAUCCUCACUUAGGAGGGGACUGGGAUGCAGAGAGAGAGUCCUGGGAGAAGCAGAACAACGCAAUCAAUGGGUGAGUCUCAAAAGAUGGGCAUUCCUUUCUCCCCAAGGCGAAGGAAACAUUUUAAAAUACCAGAGCUCUCUCAGCAAGUCCUUACGGAAGGACUAUAAUGCAGGAAUGACAACACAAACUGUGCCUGUGAUUAACACAACACACCAAGCAUAUGUCUUCAUUGCACCCCCAGAAAGACGAUGGCCAAAAUGCAGGGGAGAAACGAGAGUUGGAAUUGAAUGUGCAUUAGGCAUGUUAACUGUUUUGUGUCAUUUGGGAACCAAACCCAUGUAGAAAGAGUGAAUUAAAACUCAAUUCCUUGCCCAACACUUAGCUCUGUCUUGAACUUGAAGCCUUCCAAAUCAGAUGUGUGAAUUUAAAUGUGAGUUUGUGUUGCUUGGUUUUUUUUAAUUUUUAUUUUUUACAUUAAAGUAGGGUUCACAUUGUCUGGGAUUUAAGCAGACAGGUGUAUUUUCCUGUUUUGAGAAGAAGACUAAACAAUUGUUGCGAUUACGUACACACGGAAGAGAGCGCUAGAAGGGAUGUCUUUCUAUUUAUCCUCUCCUGUGAUUAAGAUUUCUUGUAGCCAAAUGACUAAAUUGGGUUUCUGGGAGGAGCAGCUGUCACUACAUGUGAUGCAUAAUAUUUAGCCAGGGCCGACUCGGGGCUGCGCCAUUUGUUCUGUCUUUAAACUGAGGUCAGGGUGUCACAUACAACCCCUCCCCAGGGAGCAGGGGGGAUUGGACUAGGUUGCAUACCCUGGCUGACAUCUCAGCAAGAGAAAUGCCACAUGGGACUUGUCACUCUGCCACACACUGAGUGACUCGCAGGCUGGCAGGUCAGACUCGGUCAGCACUCCAGGGUCCGACUCUGGGCUGAGCUGAACUGGCGGAAAGCAGCCAGGCCAACCCUCGGUCUAGCGCGGCCCACAGACAGCCCGCUCCUGUUUGAGUACGCCCUGUUCUGGAUGACUCUGCAAAAGGAAAAGACCAGCCCUGCCCCGAGCUUAGGUCUGGGUGUCUGCCGCACACCGGCAUGUGCCCACAAGGGCAGCCGUGGAAAACACACUGAGAAGGGAGGGGAGAGCAGAGCAAACCCAUAUUUCUGCAUGGCAGUCUGGAAUGGGCUUUGUGCAAACUUAGGGGGCUGGCACGGCUAGCCUGCUUCUGUGCAGAAUAUUAGAGUUGGGUGUCUGCCGCACAGCGGCAUGUGCCCACAAGGGCAGCCGUGGAAAACACACUGAGAAGGGAGGGGAGAGCAGAGCAAACCCCCAUUUCUGCAUGGCAGUCUGGAAUGGGCUUUGUGCAAACUUAGUGGAGCUGGCACGGCUAGCCUGCUUCUGUGCAGAAUAUUUGAGCUUCUCGACCAGGGUUGUGUUCAGCCAUCCCCAACACACACGUGCACCCGUGAAAACAAAAACGUAAUAAGCCGCUUGGAUCAGCACACCAUACACAACAUGUGCAUUGGAGAAGGGAGACGCUGUUUCUUUAACAUCUAUAGAGAAACAUGCUCAGGAGCAAACUUGGGUUUCAGGAGGGCUCGGCUGAGAACUGUUUACAUUUUCUCUUCCUGGACGGGGCUUCAUGUCUACCACAAGGGCAGCUGGCAGUGAAAAUCAGUAAUACCGUGUCAAGAAGCAGUGAAUAAUAGGAAAAAAAACCCUGAGUCUAGGUAACGAAUGUCUGAAGAUGCAUAUGGGUGUAUCUAUUUAUUACAGGCCUGAAGGCUCAAUUUUUAAAAGCUAUAGUCUAUAAUCUCCAUUUGUUAUUACAAUGACCCUUUGUCUUGUUUUCUUGCACCAUGAAGACUUUUUUGUCAGGUAUUUCUGUUCCUAGGGCUUUACGUCUUAAUAAGUUGAAUAGAAAGCUUACAACGCUCUGCCGUGGCAUGAGGUACCCUUUGGUUCUGAACAUGUGAAAGGACCGCACAUAUUUCAGCCGGGGCUUGAAUUACUGCCCAGGGUCAUUGUCCCGGAGUAAUUCAAAGAGCGAUUUAGCUUCAGCAUCUGAAAUGGAGCCUUCAUCUCCUGGGACCCAUAAACAAUGUGAACAGGGAACCUGUGGCUGAGCAGAGCCUCAAAGAGUAACUUGGCAAAGAAAUGAGUUCAUCAGUUCAAGUCAAAAGAUGGCAGCCCCUGCCAUGCUCAUGACACACUUCCUUCAUGCAGAUGUUUAAAUGAGCUAAUGUAAUCAUGACGGGGAUGGUUAAAAUAAAGGCCCCUCCCCUCGGAGAAAGAGAGUGGCAUUGUUGUUGGCUCUCCAUUGACCCAAAGCAGGUACCUGCCCCAGCACAGCCUUGGGGGAGAUGAUUUAACCUCAUCCUAGCCAUGUUUCCAACCUGAAGGUCGAGAAGGACCAUUGGAAGGGUUUUGGAUGGGUCCUAGAGGUGAGGGCCCAAGACCCCCAUGAUGACUUCAUUAAGGAUUCUUGAAAAGAAUAGACCGGAACACCCGAUGUGUUGUACCUUCAUUUAUUUUUUUUCUCUGCAUCCCAUAUUGUCCACCGGUACAAUUUUCCACCCCCUUCACCUCAUGUGCGCUUUAUUGAAUGCCAGGUUUCUACUAGUGCUCUGUCUAGAGCUGCUCUCAGCGUGUUGGGCAUGAGCGGUUUCUGAGCCUGCGAUGUAGCCCUGAGUGAGAAGACACGGGUACUGAGCCAACAAAAACCUUAACAUCGGUAGCUGCAAACAAAUGGGAGAGGAAAGAAGGGCGCACUCCCCCCGCACCCACCCCAUGCAGAACCCACAGCUGUCAACCUGGGGGGGGGGCACCUCUGCUCCCCUGACCGAGGGGAGACAAAAGAGGGAUUCUUUGUACACCCAGGCUGGCUCCUUUUCCAGUGACAAUCUCUUGCUCCCCUUGAGAUAUCCACUCUGCUCUUUCUCCCAGGCAUUAGACCAAGAAAAACAUGCUCGUAAGAUUAGCCCACAGGCAUUUCUUCUGACCUGGCUAAAGAAAGAAAAGAGACCUGUUUGUUUUAAAAGUCAGGAACAAAGUGUCAGGUGGCUUUGAUUUAUGACAGAAGAGGAAGAAGAAAGUUGAAGUGACAGCACUAUCCAAAUAACCCUGCCCAGGAAACGGGGGUCAAGAGAGCUUUAUCAAGAGCCCUUUAUAGGUGAGCGCUUCCUUCCGUGUGGAAGAGAAAAGGCCGGAAGGAGGGAGAGAGCCCCAGGAGCAGGCGGGGACCCUCUUCGGCUGGGAUGGGAGCCAGCGGUGUCCCUAGCGAUAGGUUGGCAUGCAGUUACAGGUGAACACGCGAACACCAGCAAAAAACAGAAAAGAAAACCUGCCAUUGGCUGGAGCCUGUCCCCUUACAACAGCAUAUCUGCAGCAGUGAACCGCGUUCUGGUUUUGCGUUGAUACAAUCGGCGGUGUGAGUGCUGAGACUCGCACUUCCUGUCCCACCAAGCUGGGGAGGUGUGCCAUGCUGUUUCCCUCUGGCCUCCCAGGGCCACCUGCAGGGGUGGGGCCUCCUCGGGCCACCCUCCCUGCAGGUCACCGAAUUGCUGUUUGAAUGCAACAUCUUUGUGGUGUCUUCCUCGUGCAAGCGAAGUUAUGUGCUGUCUCCCGGCCACAUCUGUGCUCGGGCUGCUUAAAUACUGUUUGCAACGGGAGGUUUUAAUCUGGUUAUGCAGAGGGAAGCAGGGCUGUGGGGCACGUUUAAUUGGCUCCCAGCAGAGCAGGGAGCGCUUCAGUGGCGUGUGGUUUUCUUUUUUUUUUUUUUCUUUUUCUGUUCCCUCCCUCUAGAAGUGUUACCGUUUUCACGUCCUAUUAAUGUCCUCUGGUCAUUAAAUUACAGCAGCACAUUAUCGUGGAGCCGGGUCCCCUCCUGGAGUGAGUACAAAUGAAGGGCAUUCUACUUGGUACUUUCAGAGGUUUUGGGGGCAUUUAGUGAUUUGUGGCUUUGAUCAAUCCUGUUGACUGGUGUGUGUCUGACCAAACCUGUUUCAAAUAAAUCUUUUGUUAAAGUAAACGA